ACCCUCUGAUGUUUGGGCCAGUCUUCAAAGUCGCUUCGGAUCGAACAGUGCUCCUAGUUCUGAAAAGUUGCCCUGUUUGCAAUUGUUUGCAGGUUUACCAGAACUUUAGUUCGUCCUAAUUCAGUUUUAUCUUGAAUAAAGCUUCAGCUUAAACCACCAUGGCUGACGAUGAAGCGAAGAAGGCCAAGCAGGCGGAGAUCGAGCGUAAGCGUGCUGAAGUAAGGAAGCGUAUGGAAGAGGCUUCUAAGGCAAAGAAGGCUAAGAAGGGUUUCAUGACCCCUGAACGCAAGAAGAAACUGAGGUUACUCUUACGUAAGAAAGCCGCCGAAGAACUAAAGAAAGAGCAGGAGCGCAAAGCAGCUGAACGUAGACGCAUCAUUGAAGAGCGAUGUGGCAAACCCAAAAAUGUUGAGGAUGCUAAUGAAGAUCAAGCAAGGAAGAUACUUCGUGACUAUCACCAGCGUAUAAAUUCCCUGGAGGAGGAAAAGUACGAUCUUGAGUAUGUUGUUAAAAGGAAAGACAUGGAGAUCUCCGAUCUAAAUGCCCAGGUUAACGAUCUACGUGGCAAGUUUGUUAAGCCAACUCUCAAGAAGGUUUCCAAGUAUGAGAACAAAUUUGCCAAACUUCAAAAGAAGGCUGCUGAGUUCAACUUCCGUAAUCAACUUAAGGUUGUCAAGAAGAAGGAAUUUACUCUUGAGGAAGAGGACAAAGAGGCAAAGAAAUCGGAGAAAGCCGACUGGCAGAAGAAGUAGAUGUGGCAGACACCAUGACCCAGCAUCUACGUAGAAUGAAGCAAACCAUAUAAAGAAAUCCAUUUGACACUCAAUCAAAACAAACAAAAUAUGAUAUGCAAACAACAAUAUUUAACUUUGAUAGCUGUCACAUGAUUUUAAUCACAUCAGGUUUCUUCGAUAUCAAAUUUUGAGCAACCGAAUUUUUGCAUAAUAUGGGAAAUAAAUAGCUAACGAUUUAAAAAAAACCUAUUUUAAUUUUAUUACGAAUAUUUUUAGAUUUUGUUAAUCAUUCGAUUCGAUCAUUCUUCUUUUAGAUCGUUCAAAAAUUAGGUUUUGGUAUAGAUGUUAAAAAUUACUGGAACAAUGACAAAACAUACUUUAGAUGAAGUAUAACUGCUCACUGAUUAUCAUACUUGAAUUUGAAAUAUGCAAUAUUUCCUGUAUUGUUGUCACCGGAUUUUUUCCCCGAGAUAGACGAUAUCAUGCAAUUUUACUCGUCAAAAGCUUAAUCAAUAAUAUCAUUCAACAAAUAAAAAUCAUAAAAGUGAAUUUGAAAUGUUUUGGUAUUUUUAUAACUCGUUCAAAAUCACUUCAAAAACUGUAACAUCAAUUAUUUAGAAUCAGUUGAAACAUUUACAUAUUCGAGCAUCAAAAUUUAUUGCAUAUCAUUUUUAAGUUUUUUUAUUUUAUUUUGCUACUCGUGCCGUUGGUCGUAAAAUAUUAUGUUUUAUAAUAGGUGUUUUUUGUGUACAUGUCACAAAUGGAAAUAAAUAAUCUCAUUGAUAUCAAGAGGCACGUUAAGUAAACACGUACGAGAGUAAACAAAAUCAUACAAAUUUAUUAAACAUUAAAAUAUAAAAAUGUAACAGUUUUUAUUUUUAUUCAAUUUUUUCCAACAAAAAUUGGAUCAAUCGCAAUAUCAAUUAAAAUCAACCGAUAUAUUUUAAAAGUUGCCGAUAGAUACAAUUUGGUGCGAGUUUCAAUCAUUUAAACGUUUUAAAAAGUUGGGGAAUCUGUCAUUGAUUAAAAUAACUUCUUUUUUGCAUUUUUUUUCUGUUGCUUGAUUCCAAUCCCAUUCGUGAGGAAUAGUGAAAUUAUUUAUACCUUGUAUCACAGAAUACAAAGUAUUUCAAAAUAAUUAACAUAGUAAACACUAUGAAUGAGAUAUGCUUAAUCAGACUUUUCUUCAUUUCUUAAAUACUACAAGAAUAAAUAAGUUUUCUAUAAGUAAUAUUGAUUUCCAAUCGGGGUGGCCCGAUGAUCUAAUGGGUAUCCCAGUACCUACAAAGACAAUUCCCAUCACGAUCGUCCCCCGUAGCAACGACAGACUAUCCGGUUACGUGGUUCAAAAAGUCCAGUAAGUCUGUAUAAUGCUGACAUGACCACACAAAUAGUGACGCCUAAAAAGAAACCGGACUGGUCCAAGAAAGGUGACAGCAAAGUGAAGGAAGAAGCAGCAGAAGCUGUCGAAGCUGAAGCAUAAAUAAUUUACGAAACCCAAGGAAUAUUGUGCUUGAUACAGAAGCGUGAAUCAUUCUUGUUUGUUUUUCGGAAAAAUGCCGGUGUUGAUCCACAAAUCAAUUACUAUUUGAUGUUAUCGCCAACUCAAGAAUAAAGAUUGUCCUGUCUGUUUUUGUCACUGAUUA